AUGACCGAGGCGAAAGCCAACAAGAAGGCAGCUGCAGCCACAAAGGCAUCUCGAGGAAAGAAAAAUGCAGUGCAAGCUCAGCAAACGAAGAAGACUGCUCGCCGUCCUGACGCGAACGACUCGGAGCCCAAAGACAACGAGAGCAUUUUGACUCGGUCCGCAGCUCAAGCCAACACGAAUGCAGAGCAAACCAGGCCGACCAGGGAGAAGGCUUCCAGACAUGGAACACACAUGAAGGACACCCAAGGUGGAGUCGAGCAUGGUAGAAAGACUCGAUCUGCUUCUCACGCAGAACAAGUCCAGGUGAGGCAGCAAAUGCUUUCCAACGUUGCCACUGAAGCUGAAAAUCGCAUGAAGCAUGUUGCAUCAGACGCUACUACCGUCGACGAGCUCGCCGAGCUCACCGAGCUGGAGCGUAAGCAUGAUAUAUGCGCUCGAUCGAUGCAGUCGCUCGACCUGUUCCACCGUGAACGCGUGGAGCGUAUUCGUCGAUUCAUCUCUGUGGUCCAGCGAGACAAACAUCUGUCGGCAACUCGGUACGAAGACCCUCUCAGCCUCAGAGAGGAGCCGGCUGCCGUCACAGUUCAGCGUGAUCUAGAGGAGGCCAGGUACAACGACGCGCUUGGGAUGAUCAAGGAAUAUGCGGAGGAGGUUUUGGAGGAUUACAAGUCGACUGCUUGGGGAGACACAGCGAAUGAGCAUUUUCAGGAGCUGCGGAGGACUCGAGAACGCCUGCAGGCUUUUCGUGGACGGGGUUCAGAAUGA